UUCCUGGUAGGUAAACUGCAUCAUAUUUGUAUUGGUUCUACGGGCCAUGAUGACAAGUCACAAAAUGAUUGGGGCUCAAGACAAGGAGAAAAUAAAACUUGGCAUAAAAUGUUCCAUCGUCCUUCUUCCUCUUCUCGGCAUCACAUGGGUGUUUGGUGUCCUUGCGUUCGAUCAAGCUACAGUAGUCUUCCUAUAUCUGUUUGCAAUCUUCAACUCGCUUCAGGUGAGGUCAGCGAUGAUGAUAUGGAAAGGAAAACGUCAACGAGCGGCCCACGCUUCAGGUGUUGAUGCGACGCAAAAGAGCAAACCAGUCAGCUGUAGUCUUACGACGGAGAGGUUACCAAGCCAUGGCGUUAGAAUGACUGAUUUGAGAAUCAAGGAAAACAAUCAAAAUUACAGACGUAGUGGAGAAAUGAAUGGAAAUUUCACAUAAUCCAAGUGGAUGGAAAAGGAACGAAAAAAACUAAAUUUAAUAUAAAAGCAACGAAGACAUAUGUGAAGAGGGCAAGAUGGUGGACAUUGAAUUAGAACAAUAGACCCUGUAAAGUAUUGAAAAUUAAUUAUAUUGACUAUUCAUGAAGCGUAAAGGAU